AUGCACUUCGCUUCCCUUUUCGUCGCCGCUUCGGCCUUUGUCACCGCUCUGGCAGCACCUAUCGCCGAGCCCGUUGUUGUCGAGAAUGGCAUCUCCUCGCUGGUCGAGCGCACCGCCACCGGCACUGGCCAGAACAACGGCUACUACUACUCCUUCUGGAACGCCGGUGGCGGCACCGUGAACUACAACAACAAGAACGCUGGCGAGUACGCGGUCUCGUGGAAGGACUGCAACAACUUUGUCGCGGGUAAGGGCUGGUCCACCGGCUCUGCCCGCAAGAUCAACUUCAAGGGCAGCUACUCGCCCUCGGGUAACUCAUACCUCUCUGUCUACGGCUGGAGCAAGAACCCUCUUGUCGAGUACUACAUUCUCGAGUCGUAUGGUACCUACAACCCCGGCAGUGGGCUUCAGCACAUGGGCACUGUUAGCUCUGAUGGCUCUACCUAUGAUAUCUACAAGGGCACUCGCACCAACCAGCCUUCUAUCCAGGGUACCGCUACCUUCCAGCAGUACUGGAGCAUUCGCAAGAACAAGCGCUCGUCUGGUACCGUUACCACUGCCAACCACUUCAACGCCUGGGCCAAGCUUGGUAUGAAGCUUGGUUCCUACGACUACCAGAUUGUCGCCACCGAGGGUUACCAGUCCUCUGGUUCCGCCGACAUCACCGUCUCCUAA